UCUAGAUGGAGGAGGCGAUCAGGCGGUGAGGGGCUCCUUGCUGUGGUCGGGCUGCGGGCAGCUCGGGCAGGCCGCAGGCGUCGGAGGUGAAAGAAGAAAAGUGCCACUUUGGCAUGAAGACAGACUCGCUUAGUCGUCAGUCAUUUAAGCUGAGUGCAUUGUGAUUUCCAAUAAUUGAGGCAGUGGUUCUAAAAGCUGUCUACAUUAAUGAAAAGAGCAAUGUGGCCAGCUUGACUAAGCCGCCAGUGUGUGCAGCGCGGGCAGGACGGCACCUGGGUCUCGACGGACUUGUGCAUGUUAGCUGUAUAGAUUUAUGUAAGGUUUUUAAAACUUUGGUCUUUUAAACUAGUCUUAACUACUUUUGCUAUGGAGACAUAUGAGAGUCCCUCUCCUCUCCCGCGUGAGCCCGCAGGAGAAGUGGUGAUGGAGAACCGAGCGUGCCCCCUCCAAGAGCUGCCCCGUGAACAGUCUCCACCACCUCCCCUGCAAACGUCCAGUGAUGCAGAGGUAAUGGACGUUGGCUCUGGUGGUGAUGGACAGGCCGAAUCCCCUGCUGAGGACCCACUCAACUUCUUCGGAGCUUCUCUUCUCUCCAAAGGAUCCUUCUCUAAGGCCCGCCUCCUCAUAGACCCGAACUGUAGUGGCCACAGCCCACGCACCGCCCGGCACGCACCUGCGGUCCGGAAGUUCUCCCCUGACCUUAAGUUGCUUAAGGAUGUAAAAAUUAGUGUGAGCUUUACCGAGAGCUGCAGGAGUAAGGACAGGAAGGUGCUGUACACAGGAGUGGAGCGCGACACUCGCGCAGAGUGCAAUCUGGCCCUUAGCCCUGUCAGUGGAGACAUGCAUGCUUGUCCCUUUGGCGGGAGUGUUGGUAAUGGGGUAGGUAUAGGGGGUGAGAGUGCUGAUAAAAAGGAUGAGGAGAAUGAGCUGGAUCAGGAAAAGAGAGUGGAGUAUGCAGUGCUCGAUGAGUUAGAAGAUUUUACUGACAAUUUGGAGCUAGAUGAAGAAGGAACAGGAGGGUUCACGGCUAAAGCAAUCGUGCAGAGAGACAGAGUGGAUGAAGAAGCCUUGAAUUUCUCCUAUGAGGAUGAAUUUGACAACGAUGUUGAUGCUCUGCUGGAAGAGGGACUUUGUGCUCCCAAAAAGAGACGAAUGGAAGAGAAAUACGGAGGGGACAGUGACCACCCAUCUGAUGGCGAGACAAGUGUGCAGCCAAUGAUGACCAAGAUUAAAACAGUGCUCAAAAGUCGUGGCCGCCCACCUACAGAACCGUUACCUGAUGGGUGGAUCAUGACAUUCCAUAAUUCUGGAGUCCCUGUGUACCUUCACAGAGAGUCUCGGGUGGUCACCUGGUCCAGGCCGUACUUCUUGGGAACGGGAAGCAUACGGAAACAUGACCCUCCUCUGAGUAGCAUCCCCUGCCUGCAUUACAAGAAAAUGAAGGAUAAUGAGGAAAGGGAGCAACACAGUGAGCUCCCCCCCAGUGGGGAAGUAUCACCUCUCAAGCCCCUGAGCCGAUCUGCAGAGCUAGAGUUUCCACUGGAAGAACCUGAUUCCAUGGGGGCUGACUCGGGACCUCCAGAUGAGAAGGACCCUCUGGGAGCUGAGGUUACCCCGGGAGCCCUGGGACAGGUGAAAGCCAAGGUUGAAGUGUGCAAAGAUGAAUCAGUGGAUCUUGAGGAAUUUCGGAAUUACUUGGAGAAGCGUUUUGACUUUGAGCAAGUUACUGUGAAGAAAUUUAGGACCUGGGCUGAGCGGCGGCAGUUCAACCGGGAAAUGAAACGGAAACAAGCCGAGUCAGAGAGGCCCAUUCUGCCAGCCAAUCAGAAACUUAUUACGUUAUCUGUGCAAGAUGCACCCACAAAGAAAGAAUUUGUCAUUAACCCCAAUGGGAAAUCCGAGGUCUGCAUCCUGCACGAGUACAUGCAGCGUGUCCUCAAGGUCCGCCCUGUUUAUAAUUUCUUUGAAUGUGAGAACCCAAGUGAACCUUUUGGUGCCUCCGUGACCAUUGAUGGUGUGACCUAUGGAUCUGGAACUGCAAGCAGCAAAAAACUUGCGAAGAAUAAAGCUGCUCGAGCCACGCUGGAAAUCCUUAUCCCUGACUUUGUAAAACAGACCUCUGAGGAAAAACCCAAAGACAGUGAAGAGCUGGAGUAUUUUAACCACAUCAGUAUCGAGGACUCGCGGGUCUAUGAGCUGACCAGCAAGGCUGGACUGUUGUCUCCCUAUCAGAUUCUUCACGAGUGCCUUAAAAGAAACCAUGGAAUGGGUGACACAUCUAUAAAGUUUGAAGUGGUUCCUGGUAAAAACCAGAAGAGUGAAUAUGUCAUGGCUUGCGGCAAGCACACAGUGCGAGGCUGGUGUAAGAAUAAGAGAGUUGGGAAACAGUUAGCCUCUCAGAAAAUCCUUCAGCUGCUUCACCCACAUGUCAAGAACUGGGGGUCUUUAUUGCGCAUGUAUGGCCGGGAAAGCAGCAAGAUGGUCAAGCAGGAAACCUCAGAUAAGAGUGUGAUCGAACUGCAACAGUAUGCCAAGAAGAACAAGCCCAACCUACAUAUCCUGAGCAAGCUACAGGAGGAGAUGAAGAGGCUGGCUGAGGAGCGGGAGGAAACUCGAAAGAAGCCCAAGAUGUCUAUUGUAGCAUCUGCCCAGCCUGGUGGUGAGCCUUUGUGCACUGUGGACGUGUGAGGGGAGCACUGGGGCUGGGCGCUGCCUGGGAGACUGCCAUGCCACUCAGCGCAGCCUUGGGCCUCCCAUCCAAGUUCCUCCCCUGCGGCCCUGUGUCUGAGGUUGGGCCAGAGAGGCGGGACUCCGGUGCACGGGAACAGCCAGGAUCAUUCAGCUCUUCCUGGAGACUUGCCCGUAGGUGCGAGUGAAUGUGUUCAAGGAUUGACUCAGCCUGGCUGUACAGGUGGACACCAAGCUUGGGAGUCACCUGUGGACCUCUGCUUUUAUGAACUUGCUUGUAGAGUGAUUUUAUGAAGGUUUUCAUGAAUUUUAAUAUGUAACAUGAACUGUGACAAAUGAUAGUUGGAUGACAGAUGAAAUAAGGAAGUGAUUGCUGAAUUCCUAUGACUACCCUGUUCCCAGGCUCCCAUGGUCAGAAGAAUCACGCUAGCACCAAACCCUACUCUACCCUGUGUCCUGUUUUUCCCUUUUCUCUCAAGAAAGUUUUGAAAGUUAGGAUCACUUCAGACCUUUUUGGUUUAAAAUAAACAAUUUUAGCAUCAAAACUAUUUUUCAGAGAUUAUAGGCAAAUCAUCAAAGUGAUUUCAGAUUUGAAGCAUUGCUAGUGUGAGUCUGAAGUCUGCCAGUCUCCUGGCUUGUUGCCCUGGCUCUGGGCUGGACUGUGGGGCCAUUUUUCUGAGUAAGUCUUCAAGCCCUAAAAACUUGCCUUUUUAGAAACUGAGGACCUUACCUUCCCUGGUCUCCAGCAACUUUUUACUAAAAACUUUUUGCAGUCAAGUUCAUCUGUCCGCCCAUCAAUUUUUAAAGCUUUUAUGAUAUUUUAGCAUUUGGAAAGAAAUUUUUGCAGUGAAAGUAGAUGAUAGAUUUGGAAUCAUGUAGCAGUUAUAAAUGAUUAGUGCAUAUUAGCACGUGGACUUAGUUGGAAACAACCACCUUCAGUGCAAUCUGUCUGUGAUCACAAACCUCUUCAGAGCUAUUGCGUUUGUGCAGCUGUCCUACCCUUGGGAUGGUGUCACUGGAUUUCAGGGGCAGUGCCCCAUGCAGCCAGGCUCAGUGACCCUCUCCUCUGACCAGCAGUCUUGUUCUCCUCUUGCCCCUACAGAUAGGUGCAGGGGACAUGUGUCCCUGCUGAGUCCCAGGGGUGUGGGUGUGCUUGGGAACCUGUGCGGUUCCUACAGGUGAGGUGGUGAUGGUCAGCACUGGCACCCUGUCGAUGUGCUCGUGGCACUGUCAUGUUCACAGGCAUGCCUGUCUCCUGUGGAUUGUGUUUAUUCCCAGGAGACAGAAUGCCAGUCAGGGUAUCCCUCCCUCACUACCUGUGUGGCCAAGGUUGGCUUCUGUGUUGACCUUUAGAAAACAAAAUCCUCAAAUCAAGUUGCUGUAAUUAGACACUGCUUCUGUCUUGCCUCCUGUCUGCUGCUAUGAAUAAUCAUCUGACCGUGACUGUUUGCCCUUAAAACAGCCAGAUGUGCUAUCAUGAACCAAAGCUUUGUGGAUGUGUUACUAGAGGCCGGUGGGUCUUGCUGUAGACACCUGUCUUUUUUUCCCUCUGGUCCAUGUGUGGGUGUGAAUCUUGUAUACGCACAGCCACCUUGGUUGGUGUGGGGAGGGCAGGGAGAGCCUGGGCUGACACCACCUCUGCAACCACAGCCUGUCAUGUACUUCCCAGGCAGCAGCUGGGCCAACCUUGUUAAGGGUGAGCCUUGAUUGACACAUAAAGCAAAAUUGUCUUA